UAAAACCAUAAAAAAUGUUAUUAUUGUUUGAAGUAAAUUGUCUAAUUUUUUGUAGGAUCUUAUAAAAUAAUUAAAAACCUGGAAAGAAUAUGUGAAGUUGUAGAAUAGUCCCCAUUAACCAAAUUUAGGAAUAGCAACAUGAAUCGGAAACUGUCUGAUGAGGCUUCUUCUAGUAGUCAAGAUAGCAAUGCAAAUUUAAAUAACGAUAUAAACAUGAGCAAAGGAGCAAUUCCCAAAACAAAAAAUUUUUUGAAGAAUUCCCAAAAUGGAAAGAAAAACGUUAAAUUAAACAACAAUAUUGAGAAUAUAACCUCUCCUAUUAAUGAUCCUUCAUGUAGUAACUUAUGUAAAAAUCGGUUUUCAAAGACUAUGGAAAAUACUUUAGUCAAUAAUAGUGUUGAUAUGGAAAGAAGGUUGAAGGAUUUCGAAAACACUGAACCCAGAGUUAAUUUACUAAACCAAGAAAACCUUAACAACGAAUCAGAUUCCAGUUCUAGUGAAGACAAUGACUUAUCAGUAUCAGAUGAUGGAUGUAUAUACACAUAUAAGGCUGACAGUGUCCCCGAUUUGCCUGAUUUAUUCAAUAACCUAGAAAUGCCAGUUAUUAGUAAUGAACCAAAUGAUCAAAGGGAAAAUACAUCUAGUCCAGAAAUGGAUUUUCUUGAAAUGGAUUUUGAACCAGAACCAUCUGUUGAUGCUGACACUGAGCCGCCAUUUUCUGCCCAGGCUGAGCAAUCAAACGAAAUUCACACAAAUCAAAACUUCAUAAUUGAUAAUCAAGAAGCAUGUAGUUCAAACGAUUUAGAAAAUUCAUUCUCAUCUAAAAAUCAAGAAUCUAUUGAAACAAGUGACGAAGUUACGCCUAAUGCAGAUAAAAAAAAGAAGCCUCAUUUAAAAAAAAUAAGGAAAGACAUUAAAAUGCCAUGGUCAUGUACACCUGAACAGAGAACUAGUGCCUCUAAGCAACUGAGGAUUAUCAAGACAGACACAACCUCUGCUGAGGAAUGGUCAGCUAACAUAAACGCUCCAGUUUCAAAAAUAGUAGUUGUUGAAGGUGAAAAAAUAAUGGUUUGGAAUGACGAUGAAGCUUAUGUCAAACAAAUAACACAAAUAGGGCCCUUAUCGUGCAGCGCAACUGCCAUAUUGAACGUACUGAUCGCUCUGCGUCUGCCGGUUCCUUCAUUAGAGGUCAUUUGCAACUGUGAAAAACCGGACAGCACCUCGGAACUUGUAAAAUAUUUAAGUUCCAGAAGCAGGGAAGGGUCUGGUCAUCGGGAGAUAAUCACCGGCCUAAACAAAGCGUCGAACGGUAGAAUCUACGCCAGAUUCUUCUCGAUGUAUCCGGAACGUUUUGUCAAUCUUUACGAAUGGUUGGGCUUCUGGAUCAAGCAAGGCGCCAUUCCAAUAGCCACUCUGAACAUACAGAAGAGCCAACCGCCCAUUCCGAACAGUUGGUAUCAUCAGAUGAUUUACGCAGUGGAUCCGCAUAAUACGUACCUGACAAAUCCAUUGGAGAGUGUGAAUUCUAGUGUUUUGUGGCAUCAGCUUGUGUCCGAGUCGGUGUUACUCAUAAGGAGAGAGAAGAUUAUAGAUAAGUUUGUGGCCGGUAACGAUUUGAGGAGUCUGCAAGAAUUCGGAGAUCCAAGUUAUGACGAGUUGAAUGUAUUAGGGCAAGUAGCAAAAGUGAUCAGAGAAGAUUCUAGAGCAAAGAGGGAGAAUUCACACAUCACAUCGCACAUAAAAAUCCCCACCGUUUUAAGGUCAGGUAUUACUUUGGCUAUCGAUAGAAAUUCAAGAGCAUAUCCCCUUUUAUUAGAAUGCCCUGAAUUGCCUUUACUGAAUCUCAACAAUUGUAAGCAGUAGUGUCGUUACGUUAAUUCCCACACAAACAUUUAUAUCAUAUCAAUUUAUAUUAUCUAUACCGCAUUCUGUGUACAUAAUGUAAAAUUUUUAUAAUGUGUUUACCUAUUUUUUAUUUUCAAAAAAUAUUAGCCUUAUGAACGAAAGUACCGUUCGAAUCAUUCGAAUUAUUUGUAAUCAUAUUAAAAAGUGAGCAUUUAUAGAAAUAUGCCUAUUAAAAUCAGCAUUAAUUCAAUUCGAAGGUGAUAUUGACUGAUGCGAAAAAGCUAAUAAAGUAUUUCUGAAAGAA